CUUCGCGAAUGGAAUUCAAUUCAAUUUAGCCGCUCACCAUGAAAAGUCGCUGAAUUCGCUGCGUACGUUACAAAAUAAAAUUGAAAUCCAACGGAGUGGAGCAAUCAAGUCUAUAAAGAAUUUUCUCCUGUGCUCGAUGCACAUAUAUUUCUCAUAAACACCCAACACUUACACUAACAGGGAGGAGCGCAACCCAAACCACAAACCUAAACAAUGAGUGAUAACACCCCGACAGUGCCGUUGGCCGAGUUUGUGGACCCACACAAUCCCGCCGAGGACGAACCCUUCGUACCGCUAGCGGAGCCCCCAAAAAUGAGUGAACCCCCAGUAGCUGUCCCGGCCACGCCCACCGGCAAUGGCACGCCCACCGAACCGGCGGCUGGGAACGGUAACGGAAACGGCAACAAAACGGUGGCCACAAGAACCACUAGCGAUGAGGACAGCAUCUUCUCCAUCCUGUAUACGGUCGGCAAGAAAGUGGCCAUUGUGGGAUCCAUCUAUCUGGUGGGUUACAUGGGCUGGUCGGUGGCCUGGCUGAUUGCUCCGGUAAUCCUGUCAGUGGCCCGAGAGCAACUGGCCAAGACCUCAGAGAAGAAGAGGGAUAUUGCCAAAGCUUCGGCCCUGGCCUCAGAGAAGGAUGUGAUUCUGGCCAGAAUCGAUGAACUUCCCGCCUGGGUCUACUUUCCGGAUGUCGAGCGAUGCGAGUGGCUUAAUAAGAUUUUAAAACAAGUAUGGCCCAACGCUAAUCACUUCGCCAGGGUUUUGGUAAAGGAAACCAUUGAACCCAAUGUGGCACUGGCCUUGGCCAACUAUAAGAUGCACGGAUUCCGCUUCGAUCGCAUUAUUCUGGGCACCAUUCCGCCCCGGAUCGGCGGAGUGAAGAUCUACGACAAGAACGUCGACCGAAACGAGAUCAUUAUGGAUCUGGAUCUCUUCUAUGCCAGCGAUUGCGAUAUCAACUUCUAUUUGGGCGGAGUGAAGGGCGGCAUCAAGGACUUCCAGAUCCAUGGAUGGGUGCGCGUGGUGAUGAAGCCCCUGAUCAGGUCAAUGCCCUUGGUGGGCGGACUUCAGAUCUUCUUCCUGAACAAUCCCAAUAUUGAUUUCAAUCUGGUUGGAGCAUUGGACUUUAUGGACAUGCCGGGUCUCAGCGAUUUGCUGAGAAGGAUCAUCGUAGAGCAGAUUGGCAAUGUGAUGGUUUUGCCCAACAAGCUGCCCAUUUCUCUCAGUGAAGAGGUUUCUGCAGUGGCUUUGAAGAUGCCUGAACCGGAGGGCAUUCUGCGCAUUCAUGUAGUUGAGGCCAAGGACCUGAUGAAGAAGGACAUCAGUGUCCUGGGCAAGGGCAAGUCGGAUCCCUACGCCAUCAUCAAUGUGGGAGCCCAAGAGUUCAAAACACAGAUCAUCGACAACAACGUCAAUCCCAAGUGGGACUUCUGGUGCGAGGCAACAGUUUUCAUUGAAAUGGGUCAAUAUCUCGAGAUACAAGUGCUGGACAAGGACGAUUUGAAAAAGAAAGACGAGAGCCUGGGCAGAGCCAGCAUCGAUAUUGCCAGCGUUAUCAAGAAAGGCGUUGUGGAUAGUUGGCUUACUCUGGAAGAUGCCAAGCAUGGACUCCUCCAUGUCCGCCUGCAAUGGUACAAACUCACCGCAGAUCCCAAUGACCUCCAGCAGAUCCUGCUGGAGACCAAACUUCUACGGGUUACCACCAUGAGCGCGGCCGUUCUCAGUGUCUUUAUUGACUCUGCCAGACAUCUAAAGCAAGCCCGUUCCAGCUCCAAACCCGAUCCCUAUCUGGUCUGCAGUGUAAACAAACAAAAACAACAAACAGCCAUGAUAAUGAGGGAUGACUCCCCUGUUUGGGAGCAGGGCUUUACCUUCCUAGUCGGCAAUCCCGACAACGAAAGCUUGAACAUUAAGAUCUAUGACCAGAAGACCGGAAACGAUAUCGGCCAAUAUACCUACGCCCUCAGCACACUGCUUAAGCAGUUCAACAUGGAGGUGAUCCAACAGCCCUUCCAGCUGCAGAAAUCCGGCCCAGAAUCGAAGCUCUACAUGUCGCUGUCUCUGAGGAUACUGAAGCCCGGUGAGAUCGAGAAAGAAUCUGAUACAUUGGAACAGGUGGCGGCACUUACGAGGAGCAGUUCCGUAAAAACGCCAGAAGUAGCUGUAGUGGCUCCACCAUCGUUUAAGGACACCCAGGCUGGCAACAAACGCUUGUCCACCGAGUCGCCCAUCAGUGAGGAGGACCCUGCUGUGGUUGCCAAGAUCUCCCCUGCCCUGUCUGCAUCCACCUCGAGUGAAAAGCCAAUCAGUGAACUGGCCACGUCCGUGUUGACCCAUCGUUUUCCCGAUAGCUCCAACUCGGCUGGAGAACAUGGACUGGGAAGGAUUCAGCUCUCGCUCCGGUACAGUGCCCAGCGCCAAAAACUGGACGUGACCAUACACAAGAUCGCAAAGAUUCCGCUGCGUGAUCCCAGCAACAUACCCGAUCCGUAUGUGAAGCUAUACCUAUUACCCGGUCGGAGCAAGGAGUCUAAGCGCAAAACGAGCGUCAUCAAGGACAACUGCAAUCCAGUUUACGAUGCAUCCUUCGACUACCUGAUUUCCAUAGCCGAGCUCAGGCAGACGCAGCUCGAGGUGACGGUCUGCACGCAGAAGGGUUUCCUUUCCGGCAGUAGUCCCAUUAUUGGAAUGCUAAAAAUACCUCUGGAUGAUAGUGAGAUUACCACUCAGUCGGGCUUGAACUCGUGGUUUGAUCUACAGCCUGAAAUGCGACACGAGUAAUCCAGGUGGAGUGGAAUGGAAGCAGAAUCUCAUCACAGAUCACGGCACAAUCAACUCGAAAAAAAACUAAACACUUUUUUACCAAUCACACUGAGUCUUUUCUAAUUGUUAAAUGUAUUUAAUUUAUUUGGUAUGGAUUUGGUUGGACUUUUGAAAUCCGAACCGAAACCGAAACGAAAACAAAACUCUCUUAGUCGUGCCUCUAUUUUUAAAACUAUCAACUUAUUAUAGUCGAAUAAAACAAACUGUGUUUUCAACAAUAAAAAAAAGGUUUUCUUUAUAAA